AUGUCACCAUUACUAAAAGAUUAUUUGAAUAAAAAAAUUGUCAUAAUAACAGUAGAAGGGAGCUGUUAUUUAGCUAUGUUGGAGGGUUAUGAUAAAUAUACAAACCUAAUAGUAUCAGAUGUACGUAAUAGGUUUGAUGAUAAGUUAAUCUCACAAUUUCAAAUGCUUCGAGGUAGUGAAAUUGUCACAUGUGGACUAAUAGAGGAAGAAACGAAGGAAACAGAUGAAAAGGAAGAAUUUAACAAGGAAGCUACAAAAGAUGAACAGGAUGUAGUGAUACCGAAGCUGAAAGACACUAGAAAUAGAGUUGCCAAUGAACAUUUGAUAUGGCAAAAAGUGUAUGAAAAGAAAGGGUUAAGUUAA